CCCUACCUUUCACUCUCCACAUCCACCCACUUUUUGCUCUAUAAAUUGCCUCUUCAGUUACCUCUAUUACUUCCUCUUCUCCUCUCUUCCUUUCCCACCCCUUCACACUCCACUUUCUUGCACUAUUCUCCUUCCAUACUUGUGUUGUGUGUGAAGAUUUGUAGGCUUCUUUGCUACAAAACCAACCCCAUUUGUUCAUCCAAUUAUCUCUUGAAACCCCAUCUCCACAUUUUACUCCUUGCCCCAUGGAAGUUUCCUACUUUGAAUGUUAAAUGCAUAAAAUCUGUUUGUUGUUCAUGUUUGACAUCAUUCAUGUCUCCAGUUCUCAAUGAAAUCCUCCUUUCCGGGUUUAUGAUAAAUUCUUCUCUCAUACGCAGAACCCCUUUAGUUCAAUCUUUCUCUGUUGUCUUCCUCUACUGGUUCUAUGUUUUCUCAUAAACAAUAUGACUACAAAUUAAGUAAAAAUUAUCUAUAUUAGUUUAAAAUCAAAUCUUUGAAGGUAUUGCAUCAUAUUAGUAUCAAUUAAUUUCUUUGGUGUGUUAUAUAUAUGUGAUGGCCUCAUCCAGUGGAAACUCCAGCAUUUCCACUAAGUUUCAUAGCUCUGGCUCUGAAGAAGAUUUGCAGCUUCUGAUGGACCAGAGAAAGAGGAAGAGGAAGCAAUCAAAUUGCGAAUCAGCGAGGAGAUCUCGAAUGCGAAAGCAGAAGCACUUUGAUGAUCUCAAUGUCCAAGUGGAGAGGCUCACAAAGGAAAACAGUGAAAUCCUCAAUAGGGUGAAUCUCAUCACACAGCACUAUGUGAAUGUUGAGGCAGAGAAUUGCAUUUUGAGGGCCCAGAUGGGUGAGCUUAGCCAAAGGCUUCAAUCACUGAAUGCUAUCAUCAGCCUCAUCAACACAACCACUACAACUGGAAUAUGCCAAAAUGAUUGCUUUCUAACAAUUGCUGAUAACUUCAUGAACCCCAUGAACAUGCACUAUCUUAACCAACCAAUUGUGGCCUCUGCAGAAGUUUUUCAGUGGUGAAUUAUUGUCCGGCACAUCUGCGCAUGUGUGUUUGGAAAUCUCUCCGCAAUUAAUUUUAAAAGUCGAAAUCAAUUUGGGAAGAAGUUUCAUGCCUGAAGUUUCUGAGUACUAGAAUUGAUUGAUUUAGUGAAUGAAAGUUGUUCAUUAGCUCAUGCUGAAAAAGAGGAAAAAAAAAGUGUAUGUUUGCUUAUUGUAGUUGUGUUCUGUUGGAGUUGCGUCAUGGUGGAAAUUAUUGAGGGAGGGUAAAUAUUAGUAGCUACUUGGGUGAGGCAAUGUUUGUUAUUAAGAUAUUAGGUAAGCAGAAUUUGCAAAGUAAUGCUUGAAUAAAAAAUGACAUAAUGGCAGGUUCUGCAGAUGUUGGGUCACUUAUUAAUUUUAUAAUACUGUCCUCGUGCUCACCAUUGUCUAAUGUUUGGGAAAAAUGGAUGUUGGUGUAAGUGCGUUCUCUAUUUGUUGUAAGUGUGCUUUUGUAAGUGUAAAUAUUGUACUGGUUGGUUCUUACUAAUAGAAAAACUAAAAAAAAAAACAUUUGUUUUCGUUUGGGGUGGUUA